AUGGACGCCAAGACUCGAAGUCACACACGCCUAUUGGAGCCCUACAAUGAAGGAGACACUUUGGAACUGAUAUGCGAAUGCUUUGGAGGAGAUCCUCGGCCACGCCUCACCUGGUAUCAUGAGAAUACCGUGAUAGACGACUCUUACGAGCAGCGGCCAGAUGGAGUUACAGUCAACACCCUUACCUUCCCCAACAUUGGUCGCCAGCAUCUGAACUCCAGACUCAUCUGUCAAGCUUCGAACACCAACUUAGCAGCGCCUGAGUCAAAACUGGUGAUAUUAGAUAUCAAUUUAAGGCCAUUGAGUGUGCAGAUCUUGAAUAAGCGGCAGCCCCUGUCAGCGGACAGAAACUACGUUGUCGAGUGUAGGACGGUGGGCUCAAGACCAGAGGCCUUGGUCACGUGGUGGAAGGGCGGGAAACAGCUGAGGAGGAAUGCAAAAAACUUUUCGGACAACAACGCGACAAUCAGCACUCUCAACCUGGUGCCGAUGGCUGAAGACCACGAGAAGUACCUGGUGUGCAGGGCAGAGAACACUAAAGUAAAGAUGGUGAACGCUGUGGUGGAAGAUAGGUGGCUUCUCAAUAUACACUAUGUACCAAUCGUUACCCUAAAGUUGGGGUCGAACUUAAACCCAAGUUACAUCAAGGAAGGAGAUGAUGUAUACUUCGAGUGCAGCGUCAAAGCUAACCCAAAAUCGAAGAAGUUGACCUGGUAUAAAGGGGUAAAAGAAAUCCAACACAAUGCAAGUGCUGGAGUUAUCCUCAGCGACCAGAGUCUAGUUCUGCAGAGCGUGUCUCGAUCGGUGGCUGGAGACUACAGCUGUCUUGCGUACAACAACGAAGGAAGUGCAACUAGUAAUCCAGUGUCGCUUCAAGUUAAUUAUGUUCCUGUAUGCAAAACGGUGAAUGACGGAGCAGUAUACGGAGCUCUAAAGAUGGAGACAGUUGUACUGCAGUGCGUUGUAGAUUCCAGCCCUCCGCCGACAUACUUCAGCUGGUUCUUUAACAGUUCUGGAGAACAAACGGAAAUAUUGCCAAGUUUAUACACCAACUCCGGCAACACGUCCACCCUUCGGUACACCCCGAGUACUGACGUGGACUUUGGGACUAUACUGUGUUCUGCAGUUAAUGCUGUUGGGAAACAAGAAACUCCUUGUAUUUACACACUUGUUGCAGCAGCAGGUAUCCCAACAUCCUUGCAAAAUUGCUCUGUCGUGAACCAGAGCUACACUCUCGUGGUGGAGUGCUUAGAAGGGUUCGAUGGAGGGCUUCCGCAGGUGUUCUAUAUGGAAGUGCUAGAGCUACCUUCUCUGAUGGUUCGAGAUAACAUCACAUCUAACCACACUCCAACCUUUGAAAUCCACAACUGGGACAGCAGAUCCAGCUACGCGUUGAUUCUGUAUGCAGCCAACGCCAAAGGUCGCAGUGAAGAAGUCAGCCUUUACACAGUCGCCAUUAGAUCCCCAGAUAAAUAUACCGGAGUAAGUACUUCGAUCCCGCUGUCUCCAAUGCUAGUGUCAUUACUGUCCAUCGCAGCACUUCUGUGCACUGGAAUAUGUGGGGUCAUCACUGCCCUGUAUCGUCGACAUGCUGCCAGAAGACAUGAUAUAGAUAAGCAUCCACCGUCAAGUAACGCCCUCUACCUGCACCAGAGCGUGGAGUCGCUCUCGAAGCAGGAUAACCUGAACACCUAUUGCGCAUCACCAAAGUUGGAUUACUGCAGCCAGUACGAACUAAAAAUAGAGGGGAGUGGGGAAGACACGGAUCCAGACAUCAUACCGUGUCAUUAUGACAAGAAAUCAAUAAAUGAUUUUAGUAAGCUGCCCUCUCCUAUCCUGGACUCUAAUCACCACAGGAUGUUCAGCGAUAGACCUACUGUACCUGCCAGUGCUUCAUCUGUCAGCAUAUGCGUAGUGAACCGUGGAGUAACAGCCCGCAGUGCAGAUAUUGCAGCCGCGAGACGGCCAGAAGUUGUGACGACCGCGCGGAAGGUUCGAGAAAGCUGCAUUUAA